GUACCGGGAACACCUCAGUACGGAUGCACUCAUGAAUGAAGCAGGCCGAGAAGUUUCGGGUCAGAAACAUUUGGGAUUUGACUUGAUCCUGGACGGUGAUCGUUUAAUCUCUGUCUGAAGGCUUCAUCGAUUCAUGCCCGGAGCUGGAGCUCGUUUGGAGAAGUCUCCCAGCGGCUGUUUUAGGGAGUUUUGAAGCGGUGCUGGAAAAUGCCUGUGUUUCUAUGGAGUUUGUGUUGGUGUGUUCUGCCGUCUGUGCUGGCGGACGCGGACGACGCUUCGCUGCUCGGAGGAUGGCAGGACGUGUGGCUCUUCCGCUUGUUCCUCAAUGUUUUGGGCUACGCCACCAUCAUCAUCCCUGGAUAUUUUCUCAUCAGCUACUUCAAGCGAAAUAACUAUCUAGAAACAGGUCGAGGGCUUUGUUUUCCUCUCAUAAAGACGUGUGUGUUUGGGAGUGAAGCUAAGACUGCACUGCUGGAUGAUGCUUCAUCAGCGGUCAGAAACGAGUCUGAAUCCAGUUCAUCUGCUCAACAGGCCGUCAAACUCCUCUUCUGUGCUGUUGGACUCCAGGCGUCGUACCUGACGUGGGGUGUUCUUCAGGAGCGGGUGAUGACGCGCUCGUAUGGCGCCGGCGAGGCGGAGGGCAGCGGCGAGCGCUUCAGAGACUCUCAGUUUCUGGUGUUCAUGAACCGGAUCCUGGCGCUGACGGUGUCCGGUCUGUGGUGCGUCCUUCUCAAACAGCCCCGCCACGGUGCACCCAUGUACAAAUACUCCUUCGCUUCUCUCUCCAACAUCCUCAGCAGCUGGUGCCAGUAUGAAGCGCUCAAAUACAUCAGCUUUCCCACACAGGUUCUGGCCAAGGCCUCUAAGGUGAUCCCCGUGAUGCUGAUGGGUAAGAUCGUGUCACACAAGAGCUACGAGUACUGGGAGUACUUCACAGCCGUCCUGAUCUCGCUGGGCGUCAGCAUGUUCCUGCUCUCCAGCUCCACGGACAAACACCCGUCCACCGUCACCACCUUCUCCGGCGUGGUCAUCCUCGGAGGAUACAUCGUCUUCGACAGCUUCACCUCGAACUGGCAGGACAACCUGUUUAAGUACAAGAUGUCGUCGGUGCAGAUGAUGUUCGGCGUCAAUCUGUUCUCGUGUCUGUUGACAGUGGGCUCUCUGCUGGAACAGGGCGCCUUCUUCGACUCGCUGGGCUUCAUGACGCGUCACUCAGAGUUUGCGAUGCACGCCGUGCUGCUGUCGGUUUGCUCCGCCUGCGGGCAGCUCUUCAUCUUCUACACCAUCUCUCAGUUCGGCGCGGCCGCCUUCACCAUCAUCAUGACCCUGCGGCAGGCCAUCGCCAUCCUCCUGUCCUGCUUCCUCUACGGUCACGCCGUCACCCUGGUGGGCGGCUUCGGUGUGGGUGUGGUCUUCCUCGCCCUUUUCCUGCGCAUCUACGCCCGCAGCCGCGUGAAGAAGAGCAGCAAGCGUCCCACGCAGACACCCGUUCAGAAGGUUUAACCGAACACUCGUUCGGAUGUGUACAGAAGCCACAUUUUCGUGGUUCAUUCGUCUUUUUUUUGUUUGCUGUUGAACUGUGGGUUUGUGUUUCGGUACAGAAAGGGAAGGGAUUUCGCCUGCGUGUGUGUGUGCGUGUGUGUGUGCGUGUGUGUGUGCGUGUGUGUGUCCAUCGAGUGAACACAGACUUUGAUAUCUUUGUAAUUUGGUACUUAAUACAUUCAGUUUUUCUAUUUAAAGUUUGCUUUGAGAGGAAAAUGAACUGUUGUUGAGGAGUG